CCACACCCAGUAUCUAGAUUCCUUUAAAACAACUUGCUAUGCUCUGAACAUCUUCAGAACUGAUCAAGUCUUAAAUAGUUCAGAAACUACUUCGGAAUCAAAACAAGAAAAAAAGCGGCAGUUAUUAGAGCAUGGGUUCCUCUGGUGUACAGAUUGUGUGUGUGGCCUUGAGUAUCCUAGGCCUCAUCGGUGGGAUUGUUACCUGCAUCGUUCCGAAAUGGAAGGUGUCAUCCUUUGUGGGGAGCAACAUUGUGACUGCUCAGUCUACGAACGAGGGCAUCUGGAUGUCAUGUGUGUCGCAGAGCACAGGCCAGACGCAGUGCAAGCAGUAUGACUCCAUGCUCGUCCUGGGUGGCGACCUGCAGGCUGCCCGCGCCAUGACCAUCAUCUGCGGCCUGGUCCUCGUCCUGGCCCUGCUCGUCCUCUUGGCCGGCUCCGACUUCACCACUUGCGUACAGAACACAGACGCGAAGCCUAAGAUGUGCCUGGCGGCUGGGAUCAUGAUUCUGGUCAGCGGCAUCCUCCUGAUCAUCCCCGUCAGCUGGUCGGCCCACAAGACCAUCAGCGACUUCAAUAACCCCUUGAUGGUAUCAUCCCAGAAGAGGGAGCUGGGCGCCUGCAUCUUUGUGGGCUGGGCCUCAAGUAUUCUGCUGCUGCUGGCCGGGGGCCUCCUGUGCUGUUUCAGCCGCCCAUCCAGCAGUUCUGGGGGCACCGCCAAGUACUACAGCAAUGGUGCUUCUGGUGCCUCAGCCCCCAACUACGUCUAGAGUCUCCGCCUACAAGUGUCAAUCAGCUGAGGGAGCGAAGUUGUGCUUAGUGUUUGUGUGUGAAUGUCUUGUUUCUGUGUUUGAUGACAAGGAAGGUUUUCCCUCGUCUAGGGAAAUCAGAUCAGUGAAUAAGGAAGUAGAGCAGAUAGUGGUAAAAAUAUAUAUACAUUCAUUUCUGAGCACAAGCAAAACCAGGGGUGUGUACAUACUCAAAGCUAUGAAUUGCUAAAGCAGAAUUAUCUCAAGUCAAGAGGUCCAUCAUAUUCAUAUAUAUUCAUGUUCUAAAUGGAGAUUGCUUUGAGAAGCAGAAACACUGCUUUUCAAAGCCGACGUGAAAGCUUUUUUUUUUCUGUAUUAGUAUAGUCAUCACUAUUCUGAUGUGUAAAAACAGACUCCAUUUGUGGACAACAACCUAUAUCAACACAUAUCCUGAUAAAUAAUGUUCAUAGGAAAUAGAAAUUGUAUAAAUUCAUGGGUGGUGGGUGUGACUAAUCUGUACUGUGCUUUAACUUGAUCAAUAGCUAGAUGAAAUUGAACAAAAUUACACAAUAGUAUAUGCAAGCUGAGGUCUGGUCUCAUAGUUGAUCUGCCUCAGGUAUUUUUUUCUCAGAAGUCGAUAACAUUUCAAGUUUAAUACAUCCAUCCAUUGGUGAAAGUAAUUACAGUUACUACUACUAGCUACCCAUGUCUAUUUAAUCUGGCAGCUGUUCAGUAAUCUAACCUGGUGUGUGCUCAUUAAUCUUCAAGAGUGUGUUGUGUUGUAAAAUAGUAGAUAUCAGUAUAAAAAAAACCUUGAUAGAAUGAUAGUAGAACAGUAUUAGUGGUAGUCCAUGAAUUGUAACAUUCUUUUUACUUUGAUGUUACCUUGUAGUUUAGUUAAACCAAUGCUUGUAAAAACUAAUUCUGGCCAUGAAAGUACUCAAUCUGAAAUUAGGCAAAUAUGACAAUUUUAAUUAAAAAAUGUCUCUAAACAAA